UUAAUUGGGCACACCUGGCUAUAUUGAGGCGUUUACGCGUAACUUACUAGUUCUUGUCCACCUUAUUUUUACAGUGUUUUGAAACCCUGACAAAACUUAAGUAUGUCGGACAAGACGGAGGUGAAUCUGACCGGAGUCCAACAAAGUAAAGGCGUGUGGCUGGUAAAGGUUCCCAAGUAUUUGUCUCAGCAGUGGGAGAAGGCCCAAGAAAAAGGAGAAGUUGGAAGGAUUACCAUUGGAAAGAAGCAAGGCAAAACAGAGGUACGUUUCAGCCUGAACGAGGAGCUGACGGCCCUGGGCACUGUGGGGGAGAAGGAUGCAUCACUGCAGGUCCCAAAGGAUCACCCCUUCACUAUGCACACAGUGGGUGGACAGACCAUGGCUGUCUUCAGCCAGAGCGAUGCAGAUGAAAUCAGUCUGGAGGGGAUGGUGGUGCACAGAGCUGAAUGCAGCCCGGUCGUCAAUGACAACUACAUGAAGCUGAAGAAGCUGCAGAUAAGAGAGUCUACCAAGCCUCAGCGUUUGUCACAGCAGCUGGAGAGAGCCGUCACUACCGUCUUCAAGCCUGUGGCCAACCAUGACUUCAAUGUGGAGCAUGAGAAGAAGAAGAAGUCGGAGGGGAAGAUGGUGAGGGCUGAGCGACAGGUCGUGUUGGACAUGCUCUUCUCUGCCUUUGAGAAGCACCAGUAUUACAACAUUAAGGACCUGGUGGACAUCACCAAACAACCUGUGACCUACCUGAAAGAAAUCAUGAGAGAAAUCGGGACGUACAACAGCAAGGGGGUUCACAAAAGCACCUGGGAGCUGAAGCCAGAGUACCGACAUUACCAGUCUGCUGAGGAAGAGGAGAUGCAGACGGCCUAGUUCCAGCGUCUCAUCUCACAGGGAAGAACAGAGAUACAACUGUCAGGUCUUUCAGUGACAUCCUAAAUAUAGAUGUCAAAAAGGAAAUCUUGUUUAUGGGAUAUGUAGGCAUUAUGUUAUCUUUUUGAGUUCAUAAUUUUUAUGUUAACAUUAUUAUUGGGUGGAAUCGUCUGCUAUGCAGCAGCUAGUACAGCACUGUAAAGGUCUAGUGUGUAGGAUUCAGGGGGAUACAUCGGCAGAAAUGAAAUAUAAUAUAAUCAGUAUAUUUUCUUUAGUGUACAGUCACCUGAAAAUAAGAAUAAAAAAAAUAAGAAUAAAAAAUAAUCUCAGUAUCUCAGUUUGACAUGUUGAGUUGACUGACAUGACAUGACUUAAUUUGUAUGGGAAACCGUGAUGUGACUAUCACUGAAAUCUGCACACUGGCCCAUUUACUACAAAUCACACAUACUGUUUUACGAUUCUACACCGUACCACAUGCAGCCAUUUCUUUGCCUGCAUGUUUUAAGCUUGUUUGAUUUAGACCAAACUUUUCUGUCAUGUCGUUCAUUUAGACGCACAAGGCUCUCCUGCCACACUGACAUUCAACUUAAGCAAGAUAGCUUUCAUCAUAUUUUAGUUUUUGAUGUUUCUCUUUGAUGAUGAGCAUUAGCAGUUAACCUUUUGUUUCCUGUCAAAAAUCUAUUUGGAACUUAACAUGUUUAACUUAAUGAAUAGGUCUUGCAGACCUUGAUAGCCAUGCUCCCAACAGAGCACUUACCCCUCCCCAAACUGUGGAUGUUCCAGUCAGAUAGACCUUUUUUACACAAGGCGUGUCAUAGGAAGAACUGGUUAGACUGUUCCAGCAGUUAUUGCAACACACUACUGUAUUUAAAUAUGUUAGUAGUCACACCUUUUGUGUGUGACAAGUCAGAACAUCUGCUGUGAAGAGGCUCCGUUCAACUUCAGUUUCACUCCAGAUUUUCCUCUGUGUGCAUCCCAGUUUGGAAUCAAAGAAGAAAAUUAUGAACAUGUUCUACACAGCAAGGUGAAUUUCAACAGCUGCAGUGAAUCAGAGAAAAUGAAGAUUAAGGAGCAAACUAACUGGAAACCCAUCUCACCUUUCUAGCAGUGUUACUAUAGCAACUGCGGACAGCCUUAAACUAUACUUACAAUAAAUCUCACAGGGCAGAAAUCUGCUGCUGCUCUGUCUUUUAAGGUUAAAGCAUGUUAAAUGUGUGACCACACCCUAACCACUUAUGUGGCAAGGCCAAAAUGCCAAACUCCUGAGGGUGAGAUCGGAAGAUCAACAUUUUGAUUUAACCAUGAAUUAACAGUUAGACACAGAAAUACACGUCCUACACGACCUCUUCAUGCUUCCUUGUUGAAGAACUUUCAAUCAUGGGAUUAAACAACUGAAAAGAUUUGGUAUAAUUAGCUACACAUCUUUCUCUAUACGGUUAUUUUUAAAAACUCCUCAGUCAAUGGAUUAAACUGUGGAUCACUUGUCAUUGCUUUGACACAAGUACUGCUGUAUAUCUAAUACUGUCUAUACAUUUAUGA